CAACUUGGUACCGAGUUGCUUGUAUAUAUGCUGACAAAGGAUCUGGCUCUGGAGGUAGUUCUUCCCAACAUAAACAAGACUUCCAUGCAAGCAGUUUUAGAUUACUUGUAUACCAAGCAACUUUCCUCCAGUCAGGAACUGGACACACUUGAGUUAAUCGCAUUGGCAAAUAGGUUUUGCCUACCUCACCUGGUUGCUCUAGCAGAGCAGCAUGCAGUACAAGAGCUGACAAAAGCCUCCAUGAGUGGCAUUGCAAUAGAUGGGGAAGUACUAUCCUAUUUGGAAUUGGCACAGUUCCACAAUGCUAACCAGCUGGCAGCUUGGUGCUUGCACUACAUCUGCACCAAUUACAACAGUGUUUGCUCCAAAUUCCGGAAGGAAAUCAAAGCUAAAUCUUCAGAUAAUCAAGAAUAUUUUGAGAGGCAUCGGUGGCCACCUGUGUGGUACUUAAAGGAAGAAGAUCACUACCAGCGAGUUAAAAAAGAAAGAGAAAAGGAAGAUGUUGCACUGAACAAACAUCAUUCAAAGCGGAAGUGGUGCUUCUGGAAUUCCUCUGCUGUAGUUGCCUGAAGAAAUCCACAGCCAGAAAUUAGUCUUAUUGUUAGAAAUAAGAUGUAGUUCAGGUUUUCAGGAAACUGUGCUCCAAGCGUGCAUUUAUUACUGCUAGGGUCAAAAGCACAAGCUCACUAAGAGUGAGCCUGGAACAGCUCCUCGAAGUCAUAUAUAUAUUUUUGACUGGUAAGCAGGUAAAUGUCAACCAUUAAUACUUUUCUUUUUAUAUAAAAAAAAACCAAAUCCAGCAUUAAUGUUUCAAUCUCCAAUUGGGAAAUAUUUUUAUACUGUCUGGUGUAUUUUGUUCAGAUAAAAUUCUGGGUACUGUUUUGUUUUACAGACCACAAAAUAACCAUGUAGCAGCUUUAUAAUUAGAUUUUAACUAUUUUUACUAUGUGAGUACAGUGAAAUAGACAAUCUUCAGUCGUAAGAGACUGCUUUUAGAGUAUCUCAUAAAAGGUCAUCUUAGGGAAAAAAUCUAGUUGCCUCCUAUAGGUUGUCUUUUUUUAAACUAAAUACUGUGCACUGGUAAUAUAAUUAGAUGGCUAUUUCCCCUUUCUAAAGUAAAGGGUUAGAAUAAGAUCCAAUAACUGCAAGAUAUAGAGUGCUUGAUCUUUGCUCAGCUGAAUCAUAGGCAGUAUAAUUACCUGUUCAACUGUAGGCAAAUGUAUUUCUAAUAUUUGCCAUGUAAGUGCAAAUAAUUAUGACUAUGUGGGCCAUGUGAAAUCUAGUGAUUCUAAGUAUUCAGAGGUUUUAUAUGUCUAGAUCAAAGAGGAUAUUUCUAAAAGCAUUUAGAAGGGCUUAUUAAUUUAUAUCCUUAUUCAAGUAUGGAUCUGAAUGCAAAAAGCAGUUGCACUGCUUGCAUUUGAAUUACUGCAUGGCAGUUACCUUGUUCUGCAGGAUCUUAACCAUGCAGCCAUUCCUCAUGCUGAACUCCUCUUUGCUUCAGUGCAAGCAAAUGAAAGGGCUGCAAAAACAGGUAGAUGUUAUCUAGUGUUGCAGCAUUUUGUAAGUGAAGAAGGAUCUUCACACACAACAUUACUUCAGUUUGAUCCAAAUUCUUUUAUAGCUUUUCCCAGGUAGAAAUCAAAAUUUUAGAUUAUUUUAAAGUAGGUGAUAUAUUCCCCCUGGAAGUAGAUAUUC